CUACUUGAGCUGUCCCUCGAUGUGGCAGGCGAAGGUGUUGCUGCCGGUGUCCUUGGCCACCAGCAGCAUGUCGGCCGCCUCGCCCACCUUGGCCACCAUGGUCUCGUGGGCCCAGCCGUCACGCUCGCCCCUGACACAGCCGGACAGACAGGAGAGAGAUACGAUGAUAGCAUCACAGCCGGCGGCUCGUCAUCUUUGGGUGACCCACUUGUAGAGCAGCUGUGCGGCCAUGCCUAUGUCGCGGGUGGUGUCGAUGAGGGCCUGCAGGUCAUCGGCGGGGAGGAUGGGGUCGGCCGGGAGAGUGCUCCACACCUAAACAGACACACACACACACACGUGGACAUGAUGACGUCCGUCCACUCGAUGUGUCGGCCUGACCUGGUAGACUUCCAGUCGCUGGGCGGUGAAGGAGUGACUGUCGGCCAAAGUGGCCCGUCCGUCCUCGUCGAUGCUGCCCACGUACGUCUUGUCGUCGGGCAGCUCAUCCUUUUUUACCAACUGUCGGCAGCUGCGGAGGUCGCGCCGCCCAUCCUCCCCAUAGCCCAGCCACAGGCGGCCCCCACCGAUGACCACCUUGCCAGCCCCGCCCUUGUCGCCCACAACCGCCCCCUCUGUGCCGGCGACCGUUACCCGCUGUCUGUCGUGCGGCAGGGUGAUCUUGGCGAUACCCUGCUGCUCGAAUGGCCCACUGAUGGAGUAGAAGGUCACGGGGCUGCCGGUGAGCAGCGUCGAUGUGGGGUCAGCCGGGGGGAUGAGGGGGCCGUCGGUGUGGCAGGCGAUGGUGUGCUGCUUCUCGUCCUCGAUGACGAACAGCAGGCCGCUCACACACCCGCCACUCGCUCUACCAGAGUGCCAAACUCUCCACCGUCAGACGAACUCCUGACACACAAAGGCAUCCAAAUCAACACAUGGCAUCUCCCUCCCACGCCCCUCUGUUGUGUGUUGUGAUUCACUUGAAGAGGCAUUUGAUGUGGCUGUGCGAUUUGCCGAUCAUCGAGAGGUACACCGGCUCCAUGAGGCCGUACAUGUCACAGGCAUACAGCAGCUCGUCAGGCCAACUGCUCGUCGGCAGCGGCGUGGCGGCGUCGGGGGCCAACCAAAUGCGACGAACGUAAUCCACCACCCUGCACACACCACACACAUGGAGAUUUCGUGUGCCGCCUGGCUGCUGUGGUGUGUAACUUGUGGAAGGUGUCUGCCGACACAUCCGCGACGGGCCCAUACCUGCACGCACACACACACACACACACACACACACAGUCCCCAAGAUGACCACCAGGCCAUCUCAUCUCCGCCUGUAGACCUACUUGAUGAAUCGGUCGUGCAGUAUGCUGUAGUCGGCCAGUGUCGCGUCGGUCGUGGCCACCACACCGCCAUCCGCCACACGCACACUCAGCACCUCACUGCCGCCCGUCCCGCCCGCCACCGAUGAGCUGAUGAAGGGCCCCAUGACGGCCAUGAAGCCACGGAACGCCUCGCUGUCGUGGUCACCGUGUUGCGGCUCGAUGGUGACGGCCGUCUUGGCGAAGAAUCGGUCGUGGUAGAAGGCCAGUGCGGGGCAGCCCUCGAUGAUCCCACUCACGUCGAUGCGGCUGCAGCUCAGGUGCCGAAGCUUCACAGCCAACCUGAACACACACGGCGAGUGCUGCUGCCUGUCAGCCAUCGUGUUGCUUCCCUCCCUCCCCCUCACCAGAUGAAGUAGAAGGGGUCGGCGUCAAUGAAGUGAAUGCGAUUGUCGUCUGUGAUCAUCCAGCUGUCGAAGCGGUUCAGCAGCACCGCCAGGCAGGUGUCCCGCAGCCCCUCGCACAGCAGCACAUCCCGAGGGAACGCCAUGACGAAACCGCCGGCAUUGAGCAGCAUCGGCCGGCCGCUCAUCUCCUCUGCCGGCCUGUCGAGGCUGAUGUUGUCUGUCGUGCCUUGAUGGUGGCCGACGGGCGCUUCACGGCGGAUGUGAUCACUGUGAGGUGCUUCGGUGGCGAGAGAGGAAGGGCGGCAACUUGGCAGGAAACACCAAGAACUCAUCAGAAGAUCCAACACAACAUCUCAGCCGAUGAUGACGCCUCUCACAGGCAGGCUCCCGUCCGCAAAAG